AUGUCCGAGAAAAUCAUCCUCCAGAACCCGCCAUCCUCUGUCGUCAACUUCAAUUGGGACGAGCCAAGCUCCACCUUCAAAUUGGAGACCCAUUCGCCCGAAAACGACCUCAAGGACGGCCAUGUCUUGGUAGACAUCAAGUACCUCAGUAACGAUCCCACACAGAGAACCUGGAUCCGUGGCGACCAGGACCCAAAGAGAGCCUACCACGCUCCUGUGCAGAAGGGCGCCAUCGUGGAGUCUUUGGGUCUCGGAGAAGUCCUCGAGUCGAAGUCUUCCAAGUACUCUAAAGGAGACGUUGUGGUGGGGCUCUUUGGCUGGGCUAGACAGAUUGUUGUUCACGAGGCUGCCAUUGCCAACAAAGUGGACACGUCAUUGGGUCUUCCUUUGCCAUUGUACCUCAGCAGCUUGGGAUUGACCGGCUUGACUGCUUACUUUGGAUUGACCGAGGUGGGUAAGAUCAAGGAAGGCCAGUCUGUGCUUAUCUCCGCUGCCUCCGGUGCCACAGGCUCAAUGGCUGUUCAGCUUGCUAAGCACGUGUUCAAGGCCUCCAAGGUUUACGGUAUCGCCGGUAGCGACGAAAAGUGCAAGUGGGUCGAGUCUCUUGGUGCCGACUACUGCGCUAACUACAAGGAGAGCGAUUGGAAGGAGAAAUUGGACAAGGAGAUCGGCGACAAUUACGUCGACAUUUACUUCGACAAUGUCGGUGGCGAGAUUUUGGACUUUGCCUUGGCCCACGUGAAGAGCUGGGGUCAUGUUGUUGCUUGUGGUGCCGUUUCCGGCUAUAACGACCCCUCCAAGGCCAGAGUCAACAACUGGUUCCAGAUCAUCUCCAACAGAAUCACCGCUGUCCAGGAGAUUUCUGCUGCUUUGAAGGACGGCAGAAUCAAGUCCACCGAGGGUGUUUCUUUGGUUGACAUCACCGGCAAGUCCUUGGCCGAGGUGCCUCUUAUCUGGAACAGAUUGUUCACUGACGAGAAGCCCUUGGGUAAGUUGGUGACCAAGAUUGCCUAA